AUGACAGAACACGACAACGCCAACGAGUCUGCUCCGGACCCUUCCAACACCACACCCACCGACAGCUCGGGCACACCGUCUGACGCCGCACCCCAAAAACUUCUCGUGGUUGACGACGAGCUGAAGCUGUGGCUCGAUCACACCGGGUUCUUCGACCUCGCCCACCGGAAGCGAGUCCUCGACGGCGUGAGAGAACUGCACGGCCUGGAAGCAGAAAAGGCCAAGGUCCUCAAAAAGAUUCAGAGCAGCAAGCCGUCGGGGCAGCCCGCCUCUGAGCCCUGCCCCUCCGCCAACUCAACCUCCAUACAGAAGAAGCGGCACACCAGAGAAGACGCGGUCCACGGAGCCGUCAGCCUGCCAUAUAGCCGCUACUUUCUAGUCAAAUCGUCCAACACGACCAACGUCUACAUGUCCCGGAGGGAUGGCCUAUGGAUAACACAAGCCAAAAACGGUCCCCUCUUCACUCAAGCCUUCCGAGAAUGCAGGUCCGUCGUGCUCUUCUUCUCGAUCAACAAGUCCAAAGCCUUUCAGGGAUACGCAAAGAUGACGUCCGCCCCUGACCGUGGCAUCCCGCAGCCCCCUUGGAUCGUGCACACCACAAUGAACAUGCACACCACGGCCCCGUUCCGCAUCGACUGGCUCAACGAGUCCGAAACGCCCUUCUCGCAGCUCAGUGGCCUCAAGAACCCGUACAACGAGUAUAAUGCCGUGUUUGUAGGACGCGAUGGCCAGGAAUACCCCGAGGACUGCGCCCGAUUCAUGAUGGGCGUCAUGGAUCGUGUCAAGCUGACGCGGGGGUCGCACGCUCCCGGCAUCUCCAGCACCGCGCAUGCCGGCAGACAAAAGAGCAAGGCCGACGUGACGAGGAGGCUCGCCUCAGCUGCUGGUCUGUCUUGCCCCGGGGGUCAGCCGCGUGCUGAUGGGCUGUCAGGGUCGAGAUGGCGGAGGCCCGGAACGCCCUCGCCGUUGUCCCUGAGCCUGGAUCUCGAGCCGGGACAUGAUGGUGACGAGGAUCUUCUGCUGGACUAUCCCUGA